UUUAUCUUCAUAUUACAUGGUGAUUUUGAAACUAUAAAAAAUAAAAGCGCGAUGUCAGUCUGGUAAUUGACAAAGUCGAACGAAAUUUGCAUAUUGGAACAAUAAAAAAAAAUUUAUCAGCAAUAAUUAAGAGCCAUGCUUUAAUUGUCAAGUACGAAAGAGAAACAAAAAUGGCAGAGCAACAGAAACAAUCGCUUUGUCCACGACUGAUUGAUUACCUUGCCAUUGUUGGGGCACGUUCUGGUCAUAUUCAAAGGUCUUCUGGUUCGAAUAACAACCAACCACCAGUACAAAUUCCAGAACUUUUGCGACGAUAUCCAUCAACAGAUCAUCAAGACUUUCCAUUCCCCAUUGACAUGGUUUACUUUUGUCAACCAGAGGGAUGUGUGAGUGGAUCUCGUCGUGCAGGAGUUGCAGCAGCGAUAAGGGAAGCUUCGUCAUUUGUCUUUACAUUGACUGACAAAGAUUCGGGGAAGACACGAUAUGGGAUAUGUGUUAAUUUUUAUCGACCUGUCGAGAAGGUUUCGUCAGCUCCGAGUGCAUUGAGCGGAAGUCGAAAAGCAAAGUCGUCAAAUUUUCGACGAGAAUCAUGGCGUAAAAGUAUGGAGAAAAGUUCAGAUUCAGCAUUUUCCAGUGACCAUCGAAACAUCGCUGACUCUGAUCGAGAACAUGACCAAUCAUCACAUUAUGCUGCACACUUUACGACACCUCGUUUAGGUGUUAUAGCUCCUGAUUCUGAAUCUGAACGUGGCAGUUGUUCACCGUCGCCGCGAGCCUCACGAAAACCAAAAGCGCGAAAUCAUUCACUUACAUCACUUUGUAUUCUCUCUCAUCAUCCAUUUUUAUCAACAUUUCGCGAGUGUCUGUUCAUACUCAAGAAAUUGAUUGAUGCUUGCAAUGAAUCAUCAUCACCAAAGCGCUCUAAGCAAACAGGAAGAGAUUCUGUGUGGACAGUGUUAACAGGAAGCGCUACUGAACAAACAUCUUCCAUCGUCAUUCAUGAUGUUAAAGAAAUUGAAACUUGGAUUUUACGUUUGUUAUCAGCUCCAGUUCCAAUUCCUAAUUCAACACGUGUUGAAGUCGAAGUUUUAAGUCCAACAGUUCAUGCGCCUCUCUUAUUUGCCCUUCCUGACCACACCAGAUUUUCUCUUGUUGAUUUCCCACUCCAUCUGCCUUUGGAAUUGUUGGGUGUCGAAACAUGUCUUAAAGUGUUGACGUUGAUAUUGUUAGAGAAUAAAAUUCUCUUCCAAAGCCGCGAUUACAAUGCGCUCUCUAUGAGUGUUAUGGCAUUUGUUACAAUGAUUUAUCCUUUAGAAUACAUGUUUCCUGUCAUUCCUUUAUUGCCCACAUGUAUGAGUUGCGCUGAACAAUUGUUGUUAGCACCGACACCAUUUGUCAUUGGAGUCCCAGCGACCUUUUUAAUGUAUAAAAAGAAUUUUAGAUUACCGGAUGACAUUUGGAUGGUUGAUUUAGACUCCAAUAAAUUAACACCAGCAAGAGUUGAUGCAGAGCUUCCAUUGUUACCUGAACCUGAAGGCACAAUAUUAAAGAAUCAUCUAAAACAAGCAUUGAGUUCAAUGACAGCUAGCAACCAAGCAGCUGCUACUCAACAGCUUUUACCAUCUGCCAGAGAUAGUUUGGGGAAUAUAACAGUUCAAAAUGUCACAUUCCCAGCUGGAUCAGCGAAUUCAAGUCAAAGAAAUUCAUUUUCAAAUGCCUCAGGAUCACCAACUAAAUCUUUGGCAAGUCCAUCAAUGAAUCAACCAACUCUUCAAUCAAAUAUGAUAAUUUUUGGUCAUGACGUUGACUCAGUUGACGUAGCAACUCGAGUUGCAAUGGUUCGUUUCUUUAACUCACAAAACGUUCUUGCAAAUUUUGCAGAACACACAAGAACUUUAAGACUUUAUCCAAGACCAGUAGUUGCAUUUCAAAUCAACAGUUUCUUGAGAUCGAGACCAAGAGCUUCUCUUUUUCUUAAUCGUUUUGCUCGAACUCAAGCUGUAGAGUUCCUUGCUGAAUGGUCAUUAACACCAACAAACUUAGCCUUUUUAAGAGUACAAACCGGAAUGCUUGAUCCGACUCAAGUCGGUGACAAAAGCAAAUGGUUUGCAAAUACUUUAACACCAAUAAGAUUCUCUGUGUGGGAUGAUGGAUCGUCACUUAAUGGAGCUCUUCGUAGCUUAAAACAACAUGAAAACCAGCCAACAGAUGAAAGUGGAUCAGAUUCGGAAGGUGCUGAAAGUACUUCAUCAUCAUAUUCGUCUUUAUCUGAUUUUGUUUCUGAAAUGGUGUCGUCGGAUUUAUCGCCAAGUCUUCAAGAGAUUUACAGUGGAACUUCAUAUCAUCAUCAUGUCAUCAAUCAGUCAGUGUCACUUGUUGAUCCAAAGCUCGUUUAUCGUCCACCUGUGAAACUUCAAUAUCCUGAGGGAUAUCAAGAUGUGUUAAAAAUCGAAGAAGAUCCUGAAAGGGCUGAUUCAAUUGCAUCGACAUCAUCAAGUCGCUCGGAUUUAAGUUCUCCAAGUUUCAAUCGUGACUCAGAGUUUGAGUUUAAUCCAAAAACAAGAAAUGAAACUCACACAACAAAAGCAGAACGUGAACGUGAAGAUAUCGGAAGUUUUGAGUCAGAAAAUUCAAAUUCAACUGCAACGACAAAGACUUCAAUUUACAAAGACAAAGAUGUGAAGAAAAAGGUUCCACCACCUAUAAGUCCAAAUCUGUCUAAAACUCCAAAUGUUGGAAAUGUCCUUGCAAGAACAUCAAGUUCAGGUUCAACUGGGUCGAGUCACCCUUCACUUGGUUCCGCAAAUUCACAACGACAAAGCUCACAAUCAUCACUAUUUGAACAUUUUGCAAGUCAUGCUAAAGAAUUGGUGAAGGAAACGACACGUCAAAGCAGUCAAGAUGGUUUACUCGCUCAUGUUGAUAAGAUUAAAGAACAAGCAAAACAUAUUGCGGAAGAAGAGGCAAAGCGUUUAGCGCCUCUUGAACAGUUGACACUUCAGGCAAAGAAACAAGCAGAAGAAGCUUCAAAGAAAGCUUUCGAGGCAUCGAAACAAGCUGCUGGUGUUAGUAAAAAUACUUUUGAGGACUUAACUUAUGUUGGAAAGUCAACACUUGGUGAUUUAACAAAGACUGCAAAGGAAGCAGCAAAGAAAGGAUUAGUUAAAAGUGAUUCUGGUAAUCAACAACAGCAACAUCAACAGCAAUGUUCACAACAAUCAGCUUUAGCAACAUCACAUCAAGGGAAAGAUUUCUUCUCAUCUAUCAGUAGCGACAUGAAUUCAAUUGCACAUUCAACAACUUCCAUGUUUUCCGGUAUUUCCGGUUUAUUUGGUGAUAAAAACAAGCAAAAGAAUCAACAACAACAGCAACAACAAAUGCAACAGCAGAAACCGAAAGAACAAGGAAAAGUUCUUUCAUUUGAUCCAUUUCCUGGUCGCAAAGGUUUGGCACCUUCAUUGAUUAAACAUUCAGGUCCGAAGCAUACACAAGAAGAACUUCAACGAAUUCAAAAUGCAGAACGAUCGUCUAGCAACUCAGAAAAUCAAGCAUUCUUGAAUGAUGUCGUUCAUCAAGUAUUAAUAGGUGAAGGUGUUGGUUGGUUGAAGUUUAAUCGACUCAAAAAGCUUAUGGAAGAUGAAUCAUAUCGAAUUCUAAUUUUGAGUAAGCUCAAUAAAACUUUGGAUCGUAAAAUUGCUCCAGAUGAUCACAUUGAUGAUGUUUGUGUGCCAAAACCAGUAUGGAAAGGAAUUUCAAAGUGUUUGCAAGCAGUGACAUUUGGUUUGGAACAAACUUAUGGUAACUUCGGUCUUGGUGGAAUGGCAAGCGUCUUCUCAAUGAUGGAAAUUGCACACACACAUUAUUGGACGAAAGAGAUUAACGAUGGUCUUGACAUGUCAGCGAGUCUUCUUUCAAGUCAAUCUGUAAGUCCAACAGGAAGUAAGGAAAACUUAAGAUCGAUACCACAAAGUCCCUCAGAUCCGAACUCAAGAAAAAAUUCUUUUAAUGAUCAAAGACGAGGAUCAGAACAUGAUCCACCAAGUGAAUCUCAAACACAAUCAACCAGCGAAAUGUUUAAAGAUAUGUUAGCACAAAAACGAAAUGUUUUGAUGAGUAAAUUAACUUCAUUUGAAUCAGAUGCAUUGUCAACAGCAAGUGACGUUCUACCUUUACAAUCGGGUAGUUCUGUUCAAAUACCUUCCAUCUCAUGUCGUUCAACAGUUUCUGACACAGAAUAUGAAAAUGUUCCAAAGCAAGCAAUCUUGGGAAAAGAUAAUAAAAAUAAGUCGGGAAGUAUUUUCUCUGGAAAGUCUUCAUUGAGUGCUGGUUUUAGAUAUACUGGUGGUCAUUUGAUUAAUACAUCGACAUCACCAUCGCCAGACACACCACGAGUUUACGUUUUCGAAGGACUUCUCGGCAAAGAACGUUCACAACUUUGGGAUCAAAUGCAGUUCUGGGAAGACGCUUUUCUUGAUGCUGUCAGUCAAGAACGUGACAUGAUUGGAAUGGAUCAAGGACCUGGUGAAAUGAUGGAGCGUUACAAAACAUUGAGUGACUCAGAGAAGAAACGAUUAGAACAUGAUGAAGAUAGACUUUUGAGUACCAUGCUGUAUAAUCUCAUAGCAGAGUUAGUGAUGUUGAACGUGAAGAAAGAAGAAAUUCGAAGAAAAUGUCGAAGACUUCUUGGUAAAAGUCACAUUGGCUUGGUGUAUGCACAAGAAGUUAAUCAACUUUUAGAUCAAAUAAAUAAUUUGAAUGGCAAUGAUAUUGACCUAAAGCCCCUUCAAAGUCGUUUGCUUCAUCGACACAGCUUUACAGUUCAUCAAGGAGUUGACAUCUCAGGUCCUUUGAGAUUCAUGGAAGUUCGUGAUGAUGGUUUAGUUCUGAGAUCGGUGAAUGGUGCCAUUGUUGAACGAUGGUGGUUUGAACGUCUAGUUAAUAUGACAUAUUCACCAAAGUCAAAAGUUUUAUGCUUAUGGCGACGAAACAAUGAACAAACGCAACUUCACAAAUAUUAUACGAGAAAAUGUAAAGAGCUUUAUAAUUGUAUUAAAGAAGCGAUGGAACGAAGUGGAAGUAAUGCGGGUGCUGCACCUGAAUUAGGUGGCGAAUUUCCAGUUCAAGAUUGUACUUCAGGCGAAGGGGGACUUCUUCAAGUAUGUCUGGAAGGUGUUGGAUUAUUAUUUGCAACCAGCAAGUUUUUCGUUCGUUUGGAUCACAUUAGGAAGUGCUUCACAAAGAAUGGAGUGUUUAUCUUGGAAGAAUUCAAUCCCAAAACAAGACAAAUUAUUCAACGAAAAUUUAAAUCGCCAUUGGGAAAUGAUGUUGCUUUACAAUUACAUCGAUUUUUUACUAUUCGUUUUGCCUUUUUGGUGAAUCAUCGCACCAAGAAAGCCGAUCAAAUUUGCUACUCGGUUUUGUGUGUUUUCUCGUACGUCGCAGCCGAGGCAGAUCCCAAAAAAUCUCCACUUAUGCAACAUAGACAAGGAAAAUCGCAACCACAAAUCCAACAGCAGCAGCAAAUACCAACAGCAAAAGUGCAACAAACGCAUUUGCCACAACAAGUCACCCCAAAAUUGCAAACGGUCAUUAGCAAGCCUGGUCAGAUUAUCCCUCCAAAGCCCGUUCAAGUUCCAUUAAAGCAAGCUGGCCAACCUGUACCAGUAAAAGCUGAAGCCGUACAGCCACAGCCUAAACAAGUGCCCAAUGUUCCUGCCCGAAAACCUUCACAGCCAUCAUCAACAUCGCCACCACCUUCAAGUGAACCUCCAAAAGUCAAACCACCACAGUUGGCUGAUGCUGCAAAGCGAACACAAUCAAUAAACGUUCCAAAUCGUGGCCCACCUCCACCAAUUCCCGCACGAUCGGGGUCUGUUCAGUACCCUUCGGUACCUUCACAACCAAAUCGUCCCAUCCGAAGACAAAGCACUAUCAACUCAGCGAUGCCCACUUGCACUCCACAACCACCUCCUGAGUUUUACAUUCCACAAAGACGUGGUUCGAUAACACGCCAACAAAGUUCCUCAUCAAACACAUCAAAUUCGUCAUCGAAAUUCUCAAAAUAGAUAGUUUAUUAAUUGAAUUUCUGUUUAUGUUGAAAUAUUUUUCAUUUCAUAUGUUAAGAAUAUUUAUCGGCUCAAUCUCGAAUAUCAUUACAGUUUAAAAGAGACGCCUGAAUAUAUCUAUACGAUAAUAUAUUUAUUUAUCUAUCAAAUGCUUAGCUUCAUAUCGUCUCAAUGUUAAAUCCUUUAGUUAUCCCCAAAUAUAGCCGCCGGUGAAAAUCCGUCAGAUACCAAAGACGAAGAAAAUAUGUAUCUAAGAUUUACCUCGGAGAUGAAUCAAAUGUUAAUGAAUUUCAAUGAUAAUCGACAUGAAAUAAAGAAGAAAAUGAAAGAAAAAG